AUGUUACCAUCAUCAUCAUCAUUAACAUCUUCAAUUGCUACAACAUCACCUGAAGAUAAUUUAAGAUCCAAUGAGAGGUUAUUUUCAUCUAAAAUGAACUCUUCCACAACACCAUAUUUAUAUAAUGUUGGUCAAUCCGAACAAUUGAUUCCACACCCUGUACCAUCAUCAAUUAAUCAAAAGUUGCAUGAAAAUGUAGAUGAAGCACAAUUAACAACAUCAUCAACACAAAUGUAUUAUAAUGAAUUUGAUACAUUUGAUAUGGAUAAUGAAGAAUUACAUUUAAACCGAACAUAUGGACCAGAUAAUGGAAUAUCAUAUAAUUCAUCAACUAAUCAAGUAUCAACGCAAAUAUUAAAUCCAAACAUAAGACAUAUCUCAACAUCAAUGGAUAUUAUGAAUUUAUCACCACAUAUGAAAAUACAAAAUAUAAAUUCCCAUCAUCGCAUAUUAGAUCCAUCAGAUUCAAUAAAUCCAAAUGGAAUGAUCAUUUCAAAUGCUGGUGGUCCAUCAUAUUCAUCAAAAUUUUACUACCUCCACCACUAUCAUUCAAUACAAUGCAACAGCAUCUUCAUCAUUUACCACCUCCACAUUAUAUUAAAAUGCAAAAUAUGGAUCCAUUACGGUCAAGAAAAGGAAUAUAUGGAUCCAUUAUUUGCUCCACCAUCUAAUCAUCAACAACAAUAUAUGGAUCUUUUACCUAUGAUGGACGAUAGUUUUGGCAUGGGACCACCGCCACAUCAUACUCUUAUGCAUUCUUCGAAUCGAUAA